GUGCCUUGCGAACCAAUGAAUCACAAUGGAGUUUGUUGCUGGACGAUCGAUUUGAGCCAUCAGCCAUCAGCCGCCAGUCUUGGAAGUGGUUUUGGUGAGAGUGGUUUGAACUCGCGUGUUCAUCGUCGUCGUCGCUCGAAGUAAGAUCUUGCUGGAUCUAUUGGAGGUGUGCCACGGUGAUCAUCCUCACGUUUCUCGUGUGUUUGUGCCUUUCCCUCCGUGCUGGGGUCUUCAAACGGCUUUCGCUGUGGUUAUUGAACGCUACGGUUAGUCAAAUUGUGCUUAUCGUCGCUGCUGAAUUCAUCAUACCAUUGCUCGCGUCGCAUCAAGAGGAGUCGAAGGAAUAGAAAAUAAAAGAUUCACCAUGCGGCUUGUGCUGAGCAUUGCUGUGGUGCUCGGCGUGCUGAUUGGUCCCUCCAUCACGCUGCCCAAUGGUGCCCCGGAAAGUGUGUGUGACACGAUGCUUCCCUUCCACGGUGGUGGAAUCCCACCGCUCACAACCGCUUCCCCGUUCCGGAUAACACCCGUGACGUCGGUCAUCGCCAGCGGUCAGAUGCUGCAGGUCGAAAUCGAAUCUUUCCCGGCCAGCGUUGUGUUCAAGGGCUUCAUGAUCCAGGCUCGCAACCGGUUCCCACCGAACCAGGUGCUCGGUCAGUUCGAACUGACCGAUGAGGGCGCCAUCAAGCUGAUCAACUGUGGGGGAGAGGGCAACACCGCAACCCACACUAACACCGCACACAAGAAGGAUUUGGCUCUGGAGUGGAUUGCACCGGCUGAUUUUAAGGGGGAAAUUGUGUUCAAUGCAACUAUCGCGCAGGAUUACGACAAAUUUUGGGUGGGGAUUGAGUCGACACCGGUGAAGAUUGUUGAAAGUGGUCAGAGUCCACCGGCGGUUGUUGGGAUUUCCACAACCCGCAGGGCACCAACAACCACGACCGUACCACCGUAUGUGGCACCCACAACUCCAGUGGCAGACACAACCGAUCCAAUCUACGAGGGUUGUGGCAGCACCAAAGGUUGCUUUGGAUUUCCGGAAGGAUGUGUUGAAACGCGUAACUGUCGUGCCGUCGCGGCCGUCAUUGUACAAGGCGAACGGUACAUAUUCGAAAUGAAAUCUGGAUACAAAAAUCCAGCGUACAUUGCCGUGGGUCUAUCGAAUGAUGCCAAAAUGGGUGACGAUUCCGUAAUUGAAUGCGUACCCGAGCAGGGAGUGGUGAACGCUUACACUUCCUGGACCUCCGCCGGCCCGUAUUCUGCAUCUCGGCAGGGAAUCGCUCAGAACUUCAUUCAACUCAGGGAAAAAUCGUACGUCGAUGGGGUGAUCCACUGUAAAGUUGAGCGGGAUCCUGUGACUACCGUGAAAGGACAAAGAUUCGAUCUGAUUAGGGAGAAGUAUCAUUUACUGCUGGCAACCGGAUCGAAGGCUGAUUCGACCCAUGUUUCCUAUCACGAUAUUGGUCGUACCGCAUCAGGAGUUCCACAAGUGUUGGCCGAAGUUGGUGCGGUUCAGGGAGCCUCUAAACUGCUGUUGCGUUUACACGGUGCUUUCAUGUUGACGGCUUGGAUUGGAACAGCUUCGUUGGGCAUACUGUUGGCUCGCUACUUCCGUCAAACCUGGGUUGGAAGUCAGCUCUGUGGAAAGGAUCAGUGGUUUGCUUGGCAUAGGUUCCUGAUGAUUUGCACCUGGGCCCUUACCAUGGCGGGCUUUGUGAUUAUUUUCGUCGAAAUCGGAGGUUGGUCCCAGGUUGAUAAUCCACAUGCCAUUCUGGGGGUGGUAACGACAGUGCUCUGCUUCCUGCAACCAAUUGGCGCUUACUUCCGUCCACAUCCCGGUACCAAGCGGAGACCCCUGUUCAACUGGUUGCACUGGCUAGGAGGCAAUCUGGCCCAUAUCAUUGGCAUCGUAGCCAUUUUCUUCGCUGUCAAACUGCAGAAAGCCGAGCUGCCCGAGUGGCUGGACUUUAUCCUGGUCGCAUUCGUUGCGUUCCACGUGUUCAUGCAUUUAAUCUUCUCCAUUCUUUCCUGGAUUCAGAUCGGUGGUUGCGUAAGCGAACGACGCAGUCAGCGUGUGACGUCUUUCCCGAUGGCUGACAUGACUCCAUCGCGUAACUCGAUGAGUUCCGGCGAACGCAAGCAGGAUGCAGCCUUCUCCGGCUUCCGGAAAGUGAUGCUGUUCUUCUACAUUCUCAUCAUCCUGGGCUUCGUCAUUGCGCUAGUGGUCAUCACCGCGUUGGCUCCCAUCGAGGACACAGUGGAGAGCAUAAGGAAACAGAUCAUGAAUUGAGAGGUACUUAUCGUUGAACCCGUGCUAUCUGCUUUGGAUUAUUUUGUUUUUGGAACCAAUUUGCAUUCCAUUCUCAUAGACAGAAAACAAUCUUUAACACUUAAGAAUCGGACAGAGUCAAAGUUUGCCCGGAAGAGUCUAUUUUUGUACAUUUUUCAACGAUUCUUUGUAGAUAAGUGUGUAUAGUUCAAUAACGAUGUAAGAAACAUAUAACAGAGGUAGGGAUUAGUUGUUAAAUCGAGAUAGAUUGCGAGAAAGUACUUUCUUCCGUCUCUUGUUUGUAUAAAACAAAAUAUUUGUAGCCAGGAGCUUAGAUAACAGAAACAUAACAGUAUAUUGUCUUUUUGUAUAAGUGAACCGUUCAUCGUGUUUUUCUAAGCGAACAGUAUUUAUACAUAUAAUAGAGAUAAGGCAUCCAGGACAUAAUUUGAUAUCAAUGUUUGUAUCGAUAAUUUUUUAAAGAUAUUUCUUCAUACCAACGAAACUCAGUAAGCAAGACUAAUUGAAUGUUUUGAGAAAGAAGAAACGAUUACAUGUCUUAUUUGUGUAUAGAGUCGUUAAUGAACACAGAAGAAAAAAAUUAUAUGAACGUUUCGAACAGGAAAACCGAAAAAUAAACGUUGCCAUCCAUUAAAUACUGUGAACAAAA